AUGUUGGAGAAAAUUAUAACCAAAGAGGCCGAGGUUAUGGUCGAGGACGUGGCCGAGGCCAUGGACAUGGCAGAAACUCUAAAAGGUCUGAAAUACAAUGCUAUGUUUGCAAAAGGAGACGCCGGAGAGACCCAAAGGCCGCAAGGCAAGUCCAUGGCCGGUGGCAUCACCGAGUUGUGGAGAGCCUCACGGGAGACGUGCCCACAGGGAACAGUUCCGAUUAGAAGAACCACGGAAGAAGAGGCUCUGCGAGUGAGGAAGUAUGAGAGGAAGCUUUUAGAGGGUGCAGCAGAAAGUCCCUUCCCUAAUCAUGAGGUUAGGAUGUAUGCAAUUGGGACGGUGAAAGAUGAAAACCUGUACUACGGUGCAGAAGCCACCUACAACGUGUGGGCGCCGGCAGUGGCCAACAACGGCGAGUUCAGCUUAUCACAGUUUUGGCUCACUUCUGGCACUUACGCCACCAACCUCAACACCAUCGAAGCCGGGUGGCAGGCCGAUGCAUAUAAGUCCACGGGUUGCUAUAACAUAGAGUGCGCUGGUUUCGUCCAAACCGACACCAAUAUCGUUCUCGGAGGCUCUAUCAAUCCAUCAUCAACUUACAACGGAAAGCAAAUGGAAGUGGAGAUACUAGUUCGGAAGGUCUUCGUCAACAUGUCUGCUCCGUUGUCAUCUGUAUGA